AGGUGGAGCCAUGGCGCGAAAGGGAAGGAAAUGUGUCCCCAGCUACAUUGCCGUGGCUUAUGCAUCGCUUGGAGCACUCAGCCUGUGCGGGACGACAACAUCCUUCGUUUUGCGACAGAACCUAAUAGUGACACCCAAGGCAGGGCGGUACCUGCGAGAAGGCGAACCAAAGGAGGCGACAAGGAAGGGCUCGGCAACCAUGGCCACCUCCGUAAAGGUUUCUGAGCCGAUGACUCUAACUGAAAAGAUCAUCGCGAAAGCGUGCGAUCGGCAAAGCGUGGCACCGAACGACAACGUGUGGGUCAAAACGGACGUGUUGAUGACUCACGACGUCUGCGGCCCGGGCACCAUCGGGAACUUCUACAAAGAGUUUGGUCCCAAGGCCAAGGUGUGGGAUCCAGAAGGCGUCGUCAUAAUCCCGGACCACUAUAUCUUCACUGCAGACCCCCGUGCAAAUCGCAAUGUUGACAUCCUUCGGGACUUCGUCAACCAACAGGAUAUCAAGUACUUCUACGACAUCACGGACCGCGGCAACUUCAAAGCAAACCCGGACUACAAAGGUGUUUGCCACGUUGCUCUCGCCCAGGAGGGCCACACUAGACCUGGAGAGGUAUUGUUUGGGACGGACUCGCACACGUGCAACGCGGGUGCGUUCGGGCAGUUCGCGACGGGCAUCGGCAAUACAGAUGCGUCGUUUGUCAUGGGUACCGGGAAGCUGCUGAUCAAGAGCCCGGCCUCCAUGCAAUUUGCGCUUGAGGGGGAGAUACCAGACCACCUUUUAGCCAAGGAUAUCAUUCUCCAAAUUAUUGGCGAUAUUGGUGUGGCGGGCGCUACUUACCGCUCUAUGGAGUUCGCAGGUUCAGCUUUGGGCCAACUGUCCAUGGAAGAGCGGCAGACUCUGUGCAACAUGGCAAUCGAAGCCGGAGGGAAAAAUGGAGUGAUUCCUGCAGAUGAUGUCACUAUGGCGUAUGUGAACGCCAGGAACGCAGGGAAUAGGCCAUACGAAAUAUUCAAGGCCGAUCCCAACGCCAAGUAUUUCUCGAAGAAAACGUACGACAUGAGCAACCUUGAGCCUGUUGUGGCCAAGCCCCACUCCCCAGACAACAAGGCUUUGGCGAAGGACUGCCGCGAUACCAAAAUCGACCGCGUCUACAUUGGCUCUUGCACUGGAGGCAAGACCGAGGAUUUCGCUGCUGCAGCGCGGAUACUCCAAAACCAAAAGGUUCGGGUACCGACUUUCCUGGUGCCUGCUACUCAAAAGGUUUACAACGAUAUCCAGACGUUGAAGAUCGGUGGACGAACGCUGGGAUCAAUUUUCCGCGAGGCCGGGUGCUUGGAGCCUGCUUCUCCUUCCUGCGCUGCAUGCCUAGGGGGGCCAGCUGACACGUACGCCCGCAUGAACGAGCCUUUUCAAUGCGUCUCCACCACCAACCGGAACUUCCCUGGACGCAUGGGACACAAGGACGCUGGCAUCUACCUGGCAUCACCCUACACGGCUGCGGCAUCGGCCAUCACGGGUUAUGUGACGGACCCUCGCGAGGUGUUCGGGUUCGAUCAGGACAAGCGUUGGGCCAUUGAGGAUAUUUUGACCGACAGUGCCCGUGUGGAGGGCUAGGAGAUGCAUCUCGCUUGAUUGUGACUAACCCGAAAGACGGGAUCGGCGCAAAAUGAUAAUAGUGCUGGUGGAGAAAAGCCCACCGCGAUCAGGUUGCCUUUGUAUGUCCUUCACGCACCAUGUCGAUGCGUGUUGACCUCUGUGACUGUGAUUCCUCAGAGGACACGAGCGCAGCUGAUUAACCGCUGCUGCCUUAAAAGUGAUCGUUCUCUCUGGACAGUUGCGUGCCUGCUUUAUUAUGUGCAUACAAGGCGCCCUAUGGAGUGAGGUAAAGGGAGCACCGCGGCAGGGGGUGAUGCAAGAACAUGCUAAAAGCAAACGCCGAUGUAGGUCAUUUAUUUGCCGUGUUUCUGGAUGCUGCGUCGCCCACCGCCGCAGAUUCCAGGCCGCCAAACGACGUGAACUUCAUCAGAGUCGUUUUGUCGCUCAGGGAACGCACACACACAACCUCGCCACAGGCCGGCGGAGAAGCUUGUAUUCCCGCGUUUAGUAUGCAAACAGUAUGUUGCAGGGCAGUGACAGUAGCAUCAUGGCGUGUGUCUCACAUUCCAGAGAAAAGAAGGGGCCACAUGGAUGUGGAUGGAUCUAUCUUUUGUGAAGGUGGGACGGAUCGAAAGUGAAUCCACUGACAAGAGCAGCGCUUUCAAACAUUCGAAGAAAGUUGUG